AUGGCUCUUGAGAACGAUGCUCUUAUGAGCUUGCUUCUCGCCUACUCCGCUUGCCAUCGCUCACAACUUUUGCAAACCUCGCCGCCUCGAAUGCGCAUGGCAGAAUGGGCACAGUCCAUCUUUCCGGCCUUGAGAGAGUCUCUGGUGAGAGAAUGGACGCCGGUCUCGAAUACCACGCUAGCAAUGGCAGUCAUACUCGUGGCACUGGAGAUUAUGUCUCCGGGAGCGUUUGGACACGGAAUAUCGUGGCGCGGACACAUCACUCACGCCAGAAGUCUACUUGCCAAGCGACUGGAACGCAUGUCGGUUAAAAGGGUGAGCGGUAUCGCAGAAGGAGAAGGAGGAGAAGAAGAAGAAGAAGGAUUUCGAUUCAUGCAAAGCUGGCUCGGGUACGUGGGCAUCAUGGGCAGUCUCAUGGCUAGCCCGAUGGUGGAUUCCGUGUCUUCCGCGUCUGAGCUUCUGCCUUGUUCUGCCUUUUCCGUCGUUCCAAGUCGACUUGGCGAGGAGUUGGACAAUUUAGGCUGCAUGACGGGACUAUCCAUGAGGUGUGUUGGGCUGCUCGGGAGAGUGAAUGACUUGUCAAGGCAAUGUGAUCGGGAGCGGUUCGGGCUCGAUGAUCGACUAUGGCUUGGAUGGUCUCCUACGUCGUCCACCGCCGAGCAAGCGCUAGUGCUGGAGCAAAACAUGAUAAAGAGUCUCGCUCAGACUGCCCGACCUUGCUCGCAUGGGCGCGCCGGCAACAUGCACGUGCGAGACGUGAAAGAGAUGGCCACCAUUAACGAAGCAUUCCACUGGGCUGGCCUGAUUCAGCUACGCCGCAGAGUGCUCGGGAAGCCAACAAACGAUGCCGACGUCCAGCUCCACGUGCGGAAGAUUUUGAUUUGCCUGGAGAAGCUGCGGACGGGCACCGCCGCCGAAAUACGCUGCCUAUUCCCGAUUUUCACCGCGGGUUGCGAAGCAGCUGACAAGGACCAACGGAGAAGGCUCCUCUCCAGGCUCGAGAGUGCUGAGAGGAGCGGCAUGAAACAGGUGUAUCACGCCCGGCUGCUGCUGGAGCGAGUGUGGACAGAGGGCCGCCCGUGGGAAGAGCUCAUUGGCGAUGAGUUUAUAGCUUAA